GCGAGUCGGCCGAUAUGCGCGGUGGGAGCUUGCGAGCCACGCUGUUGCCUCAGCACGACAAAAACUUGAACUCUGGAGCCUGGGCGGCUGGCGAUAACCGCGUGCAAAACACGUCCCGUGGUGAGCCGGAUCGGGAACGCAUAAGUGGACGCCUUCUACGCCUACGUAAAGUAUACAAUGCUCGUGGUUAGUCGGCCGCCUUACAUUGGAUGGUGAUGACGAUUGAACGUGCAGCCCGCUGAAGCCCAAGUGUCAAUACGUUAAACAGCAAAGGUGAGCCAUGGGCAAGAUAACGCCCUCGAAAUCGUGGUUCCUGUUGCUGCUUCUAACUUCAGCUGCCUCCGAAGAUGCCAAGGACACCUGCCAGGUGGCUGGCUGUGCAUGUACCGUGUUCGACGACGUCGGUGAAAUGUUCCUUCAGUGUGCGAACCGCUCGCUCCCCAGUCUACCCGAACUGGUUCAUGGUGUGGUCGGUGUUGAUGCUAGCCAUAACAUGAUUAGCGAGUUGACCAAGUUCCCGAAGCUGUCCCUGGAAGUGUUGGACUUGCACUUCAAUCGCAUAAGCGAGAUACCGGCCGGUGUGUUCGCCGAACUAAGCACGCUUGAAAUGCUCGACCUGAGCCACAACAAUAUCGCCGAAGUGAGCCCGGAAUGCUUCGAGGGACUCGGGAGGCUUACGGUGUUGAAUCUGACCGAGAACUUUUUGGAGAUCCUCCAGCCCAAGGUGUUUAGCGCGACGCCCCUUCUUAAGAAGCUUGUGCUUGCCGGAAACAAUCUGAAGGCCAUCGACUCGUCGUGGCUGGCUAGUCUGCCUAAGCUGGAACACCUGGACUUGCGUAUGCUUGGCCUUCGCUCGCUGCCCAAGGACGUGUUUACGGAACUGCCGCUGCUGCAUCUCAUAGAGCUUUCGGAGAACGAGUUCGAAGAGGUGCCCACAAAGGCGUUGGCUAGCGCGAAGUCCCUGAAGAUCUUACACUUGGAGCACAAUCCUAUCGUUACGCUCACCGCGGAGUCUUUCGCCGAUAUCGUCGCUAUCGAAGAGCUCCAUCUAUCGGCGAUGCCCAGACUGGAGUCUGUCGAGGAGGGAGCCUUCGCUGGCCUCCAGCAUCUGAGAAUCCUGGACCUCGCCAACAACCCGGUGCUGAGUUCCGUUGCUGCCGGCGCUCUUAGUAUUGAGCCCAGCAACAAUACCCUGAAGGAAUUGUACUUGUCCUAUGCCAACUUGACGUCACUUUCUUUCGACGGCUACGAGUGGUGCAGCGUUGACGUCCUGGACCUGCGCGGCAACCCCUGGCACUGUGACUGCUCCUUAUACUGGGUCAAAGGCUGUCACUUCGCACCGGAACUUACGACAAAGUUUGUGUGCAACUCCCCGGCCGCUGUCUCAGGCAUGCCGGUGAUGGAACUGACGGACGAUGACGUGCACUGCGUGCAGCACAGCGCGGCAGCUUCGGGCGACGGCGAAGAGGAGCACCAUCACGGUCACAUGACGCUGCGGCUGCUAGUGGUCACUGCGGGACUCGUGACGCUGCUCAUGGUGUUGGCCGUGGCGCUGGUCGCCUUCCGGCACAGAGACAUUCGCGACUGGUUCCAGGACCGAAAGCGCAUCGGCGCCGUCUACUACGUCAAGGCCAAUUCGGGCCCCUCGUCCCGUUGCUCUCAAGUCUGAUGCGCGCGGGACUCAGAAAUCUGACGAACCCUGGCCCAGCCACUUUUGGAGCCAGCUUCCCACCAACCCCUUUUUCUGUCCCAGCUAGAGUACUGGCGCACUUGUAUAUACAUAUUAUAUUCGAAGAAAUAUAAUGGACUUGAUUUGA